AUGGCUGAGAAGGUAAAGAAGAAGCCGUUGUUCGCGCUCAAACGUUGGAACAGUCAGAAGAACAGCCCCGCAUAUGGAGCUGGUUACCCUGCAACGUCGCCGCCGUCAACGCCACAACCCCAAAACACCCCGCAACUGUUCAAGCAGAACACACCCGCCGUGGCACAACGAACCGUCAACCCGGCGGUAACGGAUUCGAAGCCCAGAAAGAUAUCUGCAGGAGGUAUCAAAGAGCUGGUACAAUGUCCCCUAUGCCUGGAAGUGCUGAACAACCCGAAAAUGUUACCGUGCCAACACACUUUCUGCCUCGCUUGCCUCACAGUCUACGUGGAUGCCGAACCAAUAAUCGAGUGCCCCAUAUGCUAUACAAAAAUCCAAGUAACGGGCCCGAGUUUUGUCGACGAUCUGCCGUCGAACCUGUACAUCGACACGCUGCUCCAAAUGGUCGGCAUCAGUACCGCGAAACCGAGGAAGCCGGAGACGCCACCGACUACCCCCGCAGUAGGGGGCGUGGGGGUGCAGAGCGUGGAUCUUUUCGCUGGGGGCUCACGAUGCUGCCACUGCCGCUCCAUGUGCGACAACAGCGACGUGAACACAUGCGAACACUGCAAAUUGAAAUUUUGUAAAGUAUGCUGGUCACAGCAUUUGGAGGACAUGCGAACCCAGAUUGGAUCGAUACUGAAACAGCUCGACUCAGCAGCAAAUCGACUGGAGCACAAAAUUGAACAUUACAAGGACCGCUGCGAACGUAUAACGGAGCAGAUAAACAUGGCGGCAGAGGAGAAGAUCACAGCGAUACUCGAAGCCAAAGCGAGCCUGUUAAACGAGGCAUCUGAGCUGCAGAGGUCGGGGGACAUGUCCGCUCUAGCACUGCAAUCCUCGCUGGAGGAGGCACGCGAAGUUUCGAUCAAAGCGAUGAACUCUAAGGAGACCCUCGAUGACAACGAUAAGGUGAUGGCAUUCAUAAACUUACACCAGAACGCAUUGCAACUAUUGACAGACGUGUCUAAAUGGGACGCGAACAGUUUCGUCUUCGAUAAGGAGAACUUCUGCAUAGAGUCUGAUACCGCUACCCCAUUAGACGCAGAAUCAGAUGAUCCACUACCAGAAGACGCUAAACAGAACAACCCGCUGGAAAGCGAAGAUAGUUUAGUGUUGUAUUAUAGGUCUAGAAACUUCACGCCGCAUUACGUGUGGCGCAAGACGGCACGCCCCUGUGGCAUCGGCAUCGGCCCGUGGAACGAGCACCUGUACAUCUGCGCGACGGACAGUCACAGCGUACUGGUGGUGGAGAGGUCGCAGGCCAAAACGGUGAUGCGGCUCACCUGCGAGGAGAUGCUGUGCCCCGUGCACAUUGCGUUCCUGAAGGGCCUCGGGGAGAUUUACGUGACCGAUAAAUGGAAGCACUGCAUCCAUGUGUUUUCAAAAGACGGAGAGUACCUAAGGUCUAUUGGACAAAAGGGCAGCCGCGACGGCAUGUUCCGAUCGCCGGAGGGUAUCGCGACAGACAAUUCGCAACAACUUAUUUACGUUGUCGACACUGGAAAUGAUAGAAUACAGAUUCUGCAGCCCGACGGCAAGUUCGUGGACCAGAUAGGUGUUGCCGCCAAGCAGCAGCCGCUCAACACGGCCAGCGUUUGGGCCACCAAGGAGGUCUUAUGCACGGAGCUCAACGCGCCCACCGCCGUUGCGCUCACCAGCGACCGCGUGGUGGUGCUGGACAGCGGCAACCGGCGCGUCAAGGUGUACAACAAGCAGGACAGGGGAAAGGUCCUCGAAUUCGGCUCCUUGGGGCAGAGGAAGGGCCAGUUCCGGCAGCCCGAAGUGCUCGCCGUGGACCCUAUGGGCUUCAUACUGGUCGGAGACUCCGGCAACUGCCGGGUGCAGGUGUUCAAGCCGAACGGGCACCUGGUGAGGGUGUUCGGUAGACUGGGCACCGAGCCCGGCAGAUUCGGCUGGAUAUCGGGCAUCCACGUCACGAAGCAGCUGGACAUAAUUGUCAGCGAUACGAAAAAUCACGCCGUCAAUUUCUUU